UCAGUGAUUCCCUCUGGUAGAGGCAAAGAAGAACAGGACACGACUGCCUGGGAAAGUCAUCUUUCCUUAGGAGUUUAGGAGUCCCCAUCGUUGUCUGUGGAAGCUCCUGUGUCAUUGGGAACACAGCAAGGCAUCUUUCCCAGGACAUUUUGGGGCAGAAAACCUUCAUUCACCCACAGUCACAUCCCCAUCUUUAACUGUCAGCUGCCCUGAGGCUCAAAAGCCAGGGAUGGAUGGGAAGAAUGCUGGUUCUCCACAAAAACAAGUUAUCUUCAAAAAAAGCACCCGUGACAAAGCUCUGACAAUCUACCUGGGAAAGCGGGACUUCAUUGACAACAUUGGGAACGUGGAACCUGUGGAUGGUGUUGUAUUGGUGGAUCCUGCUCUUAUCAAGGGGAAAAAAGUGUACGUGUCCCUCACCUGUGCUUUCCGGUACGGCCAGGAGGACAUCGAUGUGAUGGGCCUCACCUUCCGACGGGACCUGUUCUUCUCCAGGCUCCAAGUGUUCCCUCCUGCUGACAAGCCAGAGCCUCUUACUCACUUGCAGGAAUCUCUGCUAAAGAAGCUGGGGAAAAAUGCUUAUCCCUUUUUCUUUACAUUUCCAGAUUACCUGCCUUGCUCAGUCUGUCUGCAGCCUGCACCUCGUGAUGUUGAUAAGACCUGCGGGGUGGACUUUGAGGUAAAAGCUUUCUCAACAGAGAAUGUGGAAGAGAGAAUUCAUAAGAGGAACUCUGCUCGUCUGCUGAUCCGCAAGGUGCAGUACGCUCCAGAGGAGCCGGGACCCCAGCCCUGUGCAGAGACCACCUGGCAGUUCUUCAUGUCCAGCAAGCCCCUCCAGCUGAAAGCUUGCCUCAGCAAAGAGGUGUACUACCAUGGCGAGCCCAUUCCAGUCACUGUCACCAUCAACAACAGCACGGAGAAAACAGUGAAGAAGAUCAAAGUCCAGGUGGAGCAGGUUGCCAAUGUGGUGCUGUACUCCAGUGACUACUAUACCAAAGUGGUGGCUGCUGAGGAAGCACAGGAAAAGGUGCAGCCCAACAGCAGCCUGACCAAGACACUGACACUUUUGCCCUUGCUUGCAAAUAACCGGGAGACGCGGGAAAUAGCUCUGGAUGGAAAACUAAAGGAUGAGGACACCAACUUGGCUUCUAGUACUAUCAUUAAGGAUGGAAUAGACAAGACAGUGAUGGGGAUCCUGGUUUCCUACAAGGUCAAAGUGAAGCUCACUGUGCCAGGCAUGCUGGGAGACCUCACCUCCAGUGAAGUGGGCACAGAGCUGCCCUUCCGUCUCAUGCACCCCAAACCUGAGGAAAGGAGCCCAGCAGGGAAGGAUGGUGAAGCAGAGCUGGUAUUUGAGGAGUUUGCUCGUCAGCAGCUAAAAAAUACACCUGAUGAAGAGGACAAGAAUUCACCCUCAACUGAUGAGUGACUGAAAGAACAAGCUGCCAGAGGAGCUGCGUAGUCAGACUUGAAUUAGGAAUUUAGGACCUGAGUUUUUAGUAAAGUGCAUGUUCUCAUUGCACACGUGGUCAUGCAGGGAUCAGCCCUGAGAUCAGUGGACACAACAUCAUGGAUCUCUACUGCUUAUUACAAGCUUCACCUUGGGAGAAUGUGGCAAACACAGCCCCUGGUGCUUACUCGAGCUACCAGAGGAGGACAGGAAGGCUGCCAUGUCAUGACUUCUGCUUUCAGGGCUGCCUAAUAAAAAGGUUGGUUGCUUUCAGCACUGGCGAGAGUUAAAUGAGGGUUUGUGCAGCCUGCCUGGACUUCCUCGGUGUCAGAAUCUGUGACUUUGCAGUGCCAGUGACCCAAAUCCCAGCCUGGAAGGCUGGCUUGCAGCCCUGAGUGAUUCACUGAAGUUUCUCAGCAGACUAUACAAAACUGAUUUUAUUUCCUUUUGGUUGCUUUUGUGUUUAUGCUUUACCACAUUCAUCCAGUGCAUGAUUUCAGUGCUUGGACUGUCCCCAUGUGGAUAACAACCCCUUUCUGUACCAUUAAAUGUUCUGCAAGUUGUCUCCCUCAGCAGAUAUAAGGCUGAUACACAGUAUUUGCUUUCUAGCAUUAUGCUGUACAACCACAUUGUUAAAGAUGAGAUAGUGUGCACUGUCCAGGAAUUCCUUAACAAAGCUCCCUGUAUGCAACCCCAAAGAGAGAACUGCCAGUCCAGGCUGAUCCUGUAUUUAAUAGUUUCCUGCAGGCAACACUGCUUCAAAAGAGGGUGCAGGAAAAUUAAGGAGGAAAUUAUGAGGCAGCCUUCCCUGAGGAGCCUUUUCCAAAAUGCAUCUGCCAGAGGUUGGUUUAUGCUCUAAGAAAUGAGACUGUAAACUGUUCUCUCUUGUUGAUCUGGAUAUUCACAUUAUUCAUGUAACUGUCUGAUCCUUUCCUGAAUCUCA